ACUAGUUAAUCUCAUGUGCGGCUUAUUGCAUUGUCGCUUUGUGCGUUUUCAUUUAGUAUUUAUUUUCGAAAAACUGAUAAUCCGGACAGCUUAUUUACAUUAAACAUAACAAAGAAAUGACAGCAGAGAACGAACGAGAAAUAUAUCAUAAAUUAGAAGCGAUGAAAGAAAUCAGAAAUAAGACGAUAACUUUGGAACGCUUGAAGCGAAGUAUUCUCAAUGAAGUGCGCAGUGGUGAUCAGGAGGGUCGGUGCUUGGCACAAUACAAGAGAGAAAUGGAGCUACUACAGCAGGAGAAAAUGAGCCAUGUGGAAGAGCUUCGACAGAUACAUGCAGAUAUAAAUGCGAUGGAGACAGUGAUAAAGCAGACAGAGGAGAGCAUGGGUCGAAAGCUGACGAAUGCAUCACGAUUGCACGAAGACUACCGGCCGCUGAAGGCCGAGGUGGAUAUGCUGCGUCGGCAGUGCCUCGGCCUCGACCGCCUGCCCGACCUGCACGAGGAGGAGGGCUCUCCCAUCACGCCGGACCGUUUUCCAGCGUCAGUGCGGGGCUCUGGCGUAGCUGGGGGCGCAGGGGGUAUGGGGGGUGCUGGUUUACCGACGGGUGUGGGGGGCGCUGGGGGUGCGGCGUUCCUGCCCCCCGCUCCUCGCAAGCCUCCCCCACCGCCCGCGUUCAGGUCUGCCCUACAACAAGAUUUCAUUACCGUCUCGCUGAGACAACAGCCACCACCGAUGAAGUCAUGUUUGUCCUGUCACCAGCAGAUACACAGGAAUGCACCAAUAUGUCCUCUCUGCAAGGCCAAGAGCCGCUCCAGGAAUCCCAAGAAACCCAAAAAGAAAUAGUCACCAUAAAGUUCUAUGACACAGUUAUGUACACAUUCAAUCAAUAUCUCCAUGUAAACUUCAAAGGUAAGUAAAUUUUGAGGUUAUAAACAGAUUGUGACCAUACAAUUCAAAAUGUAUGGAUAAUACAUAUUCUCAUAUUUAUGGUAUUUAUUUGUAAAUUUUUAUAACAAUGUCAUAUUUGUUUGAUAACUUCACUAUAAAUUCAGACAAAAUUAUUUGAUCCAAUGAAAGAAGUGAUGCUUUUGCAAAAAAAAAAAUGUAAAACUUACAUAGGCAUGAGAAAGAUCUUGUAACACUGUCACUGACAAGGAGGCGCUGAUAAUCUGUAAUAUAGUCAGCUCACUGGUUAAGAUAAUGUUUUCGGUCUAGAUUACAUUUAAGAACUUUGUGU